CUCUUCACCCAAAUUGUAAUAGAUUAUACAAUAUGCAAAGGCUUAAAAGGUAAAACACAGAAAGGAUAAAAUAGAACCCAACUGUCCAAUCGCAGGAAAAAAAAUGGGAUUUGCUCAAUCAGUUGAAUAAUCCGUUAAAUCUUAGCUUCGUAAAAGAUGCUGAUGAUCGAACCUUCCGCCACCGCAGCCGUCCGUUUCUCCGCCUUGAACUUCGAUUCUUCCACCCGCCUCUACACCCAUUCUGCCACGUCCCUCUCCCGGAGGUUGAGCGAUAAUUCGGUUGGAAGAAGGGUAAAAUGUGGCAAUUGUAUUAGAGCAACUGCAAAAGAACAAUCCAGCUCGAGUUCGGGGUUCGAGAAGCAGAAAGGGAAUUCACAGAAGUAUCAUCCGUUUGAGGAAAUUGCGGAGUCGGAGUUAUUAGAGAACGUGGAAGCCACUCUAUCGCCUGCUGAAACUACUAAAACCAUUAUUGAGGUAAAUAGCAAAGCAAUGAUGAUGUUUUCAGGUUUCGUGAGUGAUGAAAUUCAUGAAAACGUGUUCUGGCCAGAUUUACCUUAUGUAACUGAUGAACAUGGAAAUAUAUACUUUCAAGUGAAGAGUGAUGAAGAUAUUUUGCAAACCUUAUCUACCGAGGAAAACAUUGUGCAAGUUAUUAUUGGACUGGAUACUGCAGAGAUGAUUAGUGAGGUUGAGUUGCUAGGUCAUUCAGAAAUUGAUUUUGGCAUUGAUGAGUUAGUCGAUGAAGAUAGUGAUUUCCAUGAUGAAGAGGACGAUGACACUGAAAACAAUAACCAUGGAAAGGACUGGGUUAGUGUUCUUGAUGAUGAAGAAGAAGAUCUGGAUGAGGACUCUGAUGGAUCCAUAGGGGACUGGGCUAAAUUGGAGACCAUGCGGUCUUCUCAUCCAAUGCAUUUUGCCAAAAAGCUAGUUGAGGUUGUGUCUGUUAAUCCAGAUGAAUAUAUGGAGCAGCCUUCUGCUGGUCUUGCCAUACAAGGCCUCCUAAGACCUGCAUUUAUUGAAGAACACUCUGUCAUCCAGAAGCAUAAAUCUAGUGGUGCUGAUACUAAUUACAUUUCUGAAGAACAAAUUCAAGAAGCCAUUUUUCAGAUCAAUGGUCACAAACCCGAAAAUGAAACUAUGCAAGGUAGCCCAAAUUUGGCAGGGGAAUUGGAGAAGGAUGAAAUGCUCGGAAAUGGAGCUUUAUUUUACAAGUUAGAGAUGAUUAAAAUUCAGUUAGUUUCAUCACAUGGACAUCCGAAUUUUGUUGAUAUAGAAGAUUUUAUGAAAGCUCAACCUGACGCAAUAGUACAUUCAGCUGCAAAAAUUAUAUCUCGUGUCAAAUCUGGUGGAGAAAAGACCACACAAGCUCUCAAAUCUCUGUGCUGGAGAUGCAAGGGUAUUCAAGUGGAGGAGGUGACUCUUAUAGGUGUAGACAGCCUUGGUUGUGACUUAAGAAUUUGCUGUGGAACACAAGUACAAACAUUGCGUUUUGCAUUUAAGAAGAGGGCCUCUUCGGAGUAUAGCGCUGAAAGACAGUUGAAUGAUCUACUGUUUCCAAGAGUCCACAAGUUUCAACAAAAGAAAGAAUCUCAACAGACUGAAUCAUAACAUAUAGGUAUUCAAGUUCAUUUCUGUAUGUUCACCUCGUGUGCAUGUUUUAAAAAUUGUAUGCAAACAGCACAAGGGGAAUUCUUUUCUUGUUACCAGUUUACUUGUAUCUUUACUGCUAGGUGAUUACUUUUAUUCUCUCUAUUUUAUCCCAGCCUCAACUGUAUAAGCUGAAUUUUGGUUUUGAUUGUGCUAUUCUAAAGGCAUCCACUCUUUACGCUGCUUA